AACUUUAGGUCUUGACCAUGCAGUCACAGACUUUUUGAAACACACCCCUGGUUCCCUGUGGGAUUUGUUUUCCCCUUUUGACUUCUAUUGUCUGUAGGCUACUUUUCCUAAAUUGCCUGUGCGUUUGCCCUUCCUUUUAGCCAACUCGGACUCUUUAACAGCGAUAUGGAACACCAGGUGUCACUCCACACCAUACGAAAGAAAAUAGAUGAUGUGCAGCGUUUCCUCGCCAUCACGCUUCAAAUCGCGAAUGCUCAUACCGUUGACUUCUACACGGGCGACAUAUGGGACACGUUUAUGGCUGUGUCACCGGAGGACGUGCUUUCACAGUUUAGUGCUAGUGCUGCCGCUCCCGGGACACUUCAAAUUGGAACAUUGGAAACCAACUUUGGCUUCUGCCAUGAAACUGGGAAACUGGUGGACAUCGGAGCUUUCCUACAAGCUGCAGAGCAUCACUCUCUCCCUCAGCUGGGGGUCGCUAUGACAACCGAAAUGUUAAUGAAGAUGUUAUCCGAAAUGGAUGAACACCUCAAGUGUAAUACAGCCCCAGAACCUGAUGAUUUCAUGAACUCUAAGAAGGCACAUGAGGUCCACGCCAUGUCUUAUCUAGUUGCUUUUCUAGCGCAGCACUGCAGAGUGAAACAGGUCAUAGAUGUGGGGUCUGGAAAAGGAUAUUUAAGCUCACAUCUCUCCAUGCAGUACGGCCUGCAAGUGUUUGGUCUCGACUCCUCCAGUAACAACACGCACGGAGCACAAGAGAGAAACCGUAAGCUGAAACGAUACUCCCGGGCAAACAGGAGGAGCAACAGGACGAGACAAGGUCAAGAAAACUUCAGCCCUAGUGAAGGAGAACAAUUGCCUGGAGUUGAGAAAGAGCCAAGGGAAGGCUGGGAAGGCAUGGCAACUGAAAAUGUUGCACCACUACCAGGCACACAAAUGAAUGAUCAGGUAUCCAUGGAUGGGAACUGUCUAGAGCCUGUGGCGUGCACUGUUGAGAAUGAAUGCCUCACUGACCCUUUUUUAAGCGCCCUGUCUCUCUAUGUUGAGGAACCGGUCUGCACACGGGUCCCUCCAAGUCAGCUAAGCAAGGAGGAGAAGGAGCAGAGGAUGAGGGAAAAUUUGGAGAGAAAGCUAAAGAAAGGUAGAAAGAGUAGCAGCAGCAACCUGUUUUUACCCCUCACCUCAUAUGUCACUGCGGAAACUGAACUCAAAGAGAUCAUCCCUGAAUUGAAGAAUGCAGUCACAGUCGGUCUACACACUUGUGGAGACUUGGCUCCAAGUACGCUGCGCAUGUUUGUCACCAGACAGGAGAUACAGGCCACUUGCAGUGUUGGAUGUUGCUACCACCUGCUUACAGAAGAAUUUGACCAGAGACGAUGGGAUCAAGCUCUGACAACGGGACAAAUGGAGAUUGUGGCAAGUGAUGUGGGUACUGAAGUGUUUGGUUUCCCCAUGAGCCAAUAUCUGAGGGAACAGAUGUACGUUUGUGGCAGGAAUGCUAGGAUGUCUGCUUGCCUGGCCUUGGAGAGAGUGACAGCUGGUGGUGGGCUUCCUGUGGAGUCCCUGUUUUACCGAGCUGUCCUACACGUCAUAUUAAAGGACUACUACAAUGCACACAAGAGUGAGAAGCGGGUUGGAAAUGUUUACUCCAAGACCUCCUCUUUUGUUGAGUACAUCAGGAGAGCCCUAACCAAGCUUUGUCUGGAUGGGUCAAAGAUCUCAGACGAAGACAUCCAGAUGUAUCAUGAUAAAUAUAAGCACAGAAUAUGCGAGAUGGUUGCAUUUAACAGGCUGAAGGUGACACUGGCCCCUUGUAUUGAAGGACUCAUCCUUCUUGACCGGCUGUGCUACUUGAAAGAACAGGAGAAUGUGUCAUUUGGAGCCCUGGUGCAACUCUUCGACCCACUCAUGUCUCCAAGAUGUUAUGGGCUGGUUGCUCUGAAGGUUUUACCAUGAAGUCACAUAUCAUGACUUAGGGUUGUAAUGGGAACUUGUUCUAUUUUGUUGUUUUCACUUGAGAAGCACCUUGUCUGCGUAAGCGAAUAUUUUUAUCACAACGUGCAUACUUUCAUCUGUGAUUUUGAAAGGCUUUGGUCCCAGUAGGCUUUAUUUUAUUGUGCUUUUAUGUCAUGUCUUCAAGAAAGCUUAAUGAUGGAAAUAUUAAAUGGAGAAAAUAUUAAGCUGUUCAUUAUAGUAACUAUCAUUAACUAAAAAUCGAUAUUGGCAAUUGCUGAAAGGAAUGGAGGCCCUGGAAUACACCAGAUUAAUCAGUUAUGCACCUCAAAAACUAUUAUCAUCAUGAUCAUCAUCAUCACAGUUGUCAUCAUCAUCAUUCUAGCUUGAACAUUUUACUGAAAUGUAUUUUAGAACAAGGCACCUGACACGUGAGAGAUGCAUCAACCCUAGCCCAUGUCUUUCACAGAAUCAUAAAAACAUUGGACGAGAUGUUAAACAGUACAUUGUGCCAGUAGGUCGAGGGAGAGACAGACAGAGAGACCGAGAGAGAGAAGCGGACAGAUUAGCUUUGAAUUUUGGGACACAUCAUCAGUAGUAUGCCUUUGAUUCAUGGUGUGUUAGGCAUUUCAAUAAUGUACACCCUCCUCAGAGGUGAGAUCCAGAUUUAGGUGAGGGAAAAUGUAAGCCCGAAUAAAAACAUUUUUUCUAGUAUAAAAUUUCAGGUGAAUUGUUUCUCUCUGUCUUUAUCUCUGUCACACUCUUUAGAUCCAGAUUUAGGUGAGGGAAAAUGUAACCCCGAAUAAAAAAAAAAUUUCUGUUAUAAAAUUUCA